UGAGUGUGAGUGUGAGUGUGAGUGUGAGUGUGAGUGUGAGUGUGAGUGUUGUAAUCCGCAGACUUUUCGCGCGUGCACUUGUUCCUCCACCUAUCAUACGUCUACUCCCGUUACUCCCGUUACUGUUACUCCUCCUCCUCCUACUUCUCUUAACUCAUAUCCCCCCUCCCGAAUCUCCCCCAGGCUGAUCCUGGGGUCCUUGAAUUUCUCUAAGCAGAAGCAGAAGAAGAGAAAAAAAUAUAGGACUUUAUCUAUCCCAUUCCCAACUACUACGAACGCCGGUAAAACAGAGUAUCCAUGGCGGUCCCGCCGUCACAAUCGCCGGCGUCAAUGAGGAAUUCCAUGAACGGCUACGCCAACAGCAACGAUAGCGAGCCGUCGAUGACGCCCCGCGAGUACAUGGCCGGGCUAAAGAAGCAGUUUGAUUAUACUUUUGCGAUGAUGGAGUACUUGUUUGAACAGAAGGAACACCUCACGAGGGAAUACGACAACUCUCAGUUGGACUUGGUCAACAUGAAUGAGCAAAAUCGAGAUCUGCGGAAGCAAGUUGGUGAAUUGAAGAGAAUGGUGGAAGUGCGGGAGAGGGAGUUGGCUUGUAAUCAUUACACUCUGGUUCUGGUCGAUGGGGAUGGAAUGACAUUCAGAAGGGACCUCAUCAAAGAAGGUCGUGCCGGCGGAGAAAAGGCGGCCAAUCGUCUCAGUAAACGGGUUCUCGAAGACACAAAGCUCAAACCGAUUAUUCGUGUCUUUGCAAACGUCGAGGGGCUUUCCAGAGCUAUGAAGACCCAGCAGUUGACGACGAAUGUCACUGCCUUCCGUGAGUUUGCUCAGGGAUUCUCCGAUCCGAGGCACGAGCAGAUCGAUUUCAUCGAUGUAGGAGAGGGCAAAGAGAUGGCGGAUUGGAAGUUAAAGAGUGAGCUCGAGUGGCAUCUGAAGAAUUAUAAUUGUCGCCGCAUCAUCCUCGGAGCGAGCCACGAUAACGGCUAUGCCAGAGUGCUGAAGAAGGUCGACGGCAAGGAGGCACUCGAGAAGAUCCACCUGCUCGAGGGACCGCCGUUCGGGAAGGAGUUCGACGGACUGCUCUACAAGCGACUUAAAUACGAAGAAGUUUUCAGCCCCGAGAAAUUCGAUGUCUACAUGCAGCCACGGAGCCCAGUGCUCAGCAUGGCGUCACCCACUCCAGCCGGUGCCGCUGCCAGUGCCAGUGCCGCAACAAAGGUCAAUGCUCCGAUCAACAGCUACGCAGCGGCCGCCAACGCUGCCCCCGCCAUUACCCCUCCCACGUCGGUGGCUCAUAAUUCCCCUCGGCUCACUAAAGCUGCGCCGCAGAUUUCUGAGAGCCAGAUCCUGGAGGCCACCAGGAAGGUCAAGCAGCUGCGACCCAAGCCGUGCAAUAACCACUACCUGAAGGGGGACUGCAAUUACGGCGAUGAUGAAUGCACCUUUGGACACAAAUACCCAUUGAAGCCGGAUGAGCUGGCUGCCAUGAGGAGGCUUGCAGCCCAGAAGCAGUGUAAUUUUGGACAGGAAUGUAUCAACGAGAGGUGCUACUACAGCCACGAUUAGGCAAGAAAAGAGCAUCGGGGGAGGUCACGUGUCCGGUCAUGUAGCUAUUGACUUCCGCCACCUGACGGAGCCCUCUUCGGUUGAAUCGACGUUGUUCUGUUGGUUAUUUUUUUUUGUUAUCUUGUUAUCGAGCAAUGGGCCGGCUGGUUGGCCUUUGAUCAUCAUCAUCAUCAUCAUCAUC